AUGGGUGAAAACAGAGAAAUUAAUCAUAUUACAAGAGGUGUUUCUAUUCAUAUAGUUGAAUCAGUUGAUAUCUCUGAUGAAGCAAAAUAUAAUCAAAAAAGACCUCGAACAAGAGGAAAUUCAUUUUAUGGAAGAGAGAGACCUGUUUUCAAUGGAAAUAAACAAUGCCUUCAUGUCAACAGUUGUAUCUUACCAAACAAGAGUUGGUCAAUAUUUAUUCCAAAAGGUACAACUGGUAAGCAAAUUUCAGGUGAACCUUAUAAUUUUGAAUAUACAUUCUCUAAAUCACAUGAUAUAGGUGUUUCUCUCACUAUUGGUAAGAGAAAUUAUAUGGAAGAUGAAGUGCUUGUUGCAGGAAAUGUAAAAGAAGGAAUAGAUCUAGUUGGUAUUUUCGAUGGACACAAUGGUUCUGAUGCAGCAAAAUUAGCUGCGAAAUUAUUUAAAGAAGAAAUAAAACAUUUAGAAGAAGAAUUCGACUGGAUAACCCUUUUUGAACAAGUUCAUUCAACCAUUAUUAAAUCAACAGAGUCAGGAACUACUGCAACACUAGCCUUAAUUUAUAGUAAUAAAAUUACAGUAGUCCAUUGUGGUGAUUCAACAGCUUUUGCUUUAAAAAAAAGAAAACUCAAAAAAUUAACACAUGACCAAAAUACUUCUUGUUUAGAAGAAGUUUCAUCCAUUAAAAAAAAUGGUGGUGUUGUUGAAUUUAAUGGUGGCAUUCUUCGAGUAAAUGGACAGAUUUCAGUUACUAGAUCAUUAGGCGAUAAAAAAUUCCAUCCACCAUUAACAUGUAUUCCUGAAGUAAUUGAACUAGAAAGUGAUGAUAUCACCUCCUUAGUCUUAACAUCUGAUGGAAUAUCAUCAGUACUUCAACUUGAUGAAAUAGAAGCAGUAAUGAAUUCUGAAAUGAAUGUUGAAGAAAAAUCAUCUACUUUAAGAAAUCAAUCCUUCAUAAGAGAAGGAAAAGAUAAUAUGAGUGUCAUAGUAGUCUCUUUUAAUUGA